AUGGCCAGUGAAGCUCCUCGCCGCCCCAUUUCUCUCGCCCAGUCCAUCGACGAGGCAAAUCUAGAUGGUCAGAUCACGUUGGACGAAGCCAUCGGCAACACAGAUGGCAUGAAACUCCAAUUUUUGGAGAAGCCUCUCAUUGUCCACAAGGAGGCGGGCGCUGUGAAGGUUGGGGACCUUCCUGCUAAGGAUGAACUGGACGACUCCGGUAAAAAGAAGCUGCAGUUUUUGGACGUCAUUAUGAACCACAAGGGGAACUUCGACUUUAAAGAAAUAGAGAAGUUAUUCCUGAUGGUACACGGCCGGGCCUUGGAGAUCAACUUGCAGAAGCACUUCCGCGAAGGUUCGCGUGCUCUGCAACACUUGCUAGAGGGCCUGGGUGGCUUCCAAGUUCGACACAUGAGGCUUAUCCCGGCAGGUAGCUCUAGCAAACCUCCAAAGGAGACCGAGGACAUCAGGGCGGGAUUUACUUUCAUCAAGCAGUCAGGUCCUGAGGAGAGCUCGGAGGGCCAAUUCGCGGAGUGGACUGAGGAACAGGUGAAUGGCCCGAACUCCCCCCUCUUCAAGUGGGACCGCGGCGUCAUCAAGGAAUUCUUGCGGAACCUUGCCGACCAAAGCUCCCAGGCCAAGACAAUCAAAGACUGGCCACUCACUUUGAAGAGUAUCACCCCUUGGGCCUUGAAUCACGUGGUGGGUCCUGUUUUGCAGCACAUCCUUGAGCAUGCCAUCAUUUGGAUUGGACGUUCUCGUGUAGGCAAGAGCCCGAUUUCAUACAUCAUCUCUGCUGUGACCUCAGCUUUCUGGUUACUGCGAGAGGAACGUGAUGACAAGCCAAUGUUUCCAACGUGCAAUCACUUGGACUAUUUCCGCAAGGAGAAGGGGCGUCGUACCAAGCCACGGGUUUUCGACGAUGGCAACCUGAACCUCGAGCAUCCAGCGUCGGUGAAAGCCGUGACUGAGGUAUCAGGUAUCGAUCGAAAGACUAUGGCGAGGUACAAUGCGUCUUCCUAUGCGAAGAACCAAUUGUGCCAGAUCUGCUCAAAUCCCUAUGAUCGUUCCGCCGAACCCAAAAUGGCAGAAGGCAUUCAGUCGGACCUCGUCUCCUUUGAGGACUUUUACAAAAUCGUCCGCCCCUCCUUCCACAAGGAUUUCGAUGAGGAAGAUCUCAUGGGCAUCUUCAAAAGGGCGUGCUUCGUGGUGUUCACCGACAUUGGCGUCUACGUCCGUCAUCCAGGCACUAUCCGAGCACCCGUUCGUCGUGUCGCUUGGCCAGAGGAUGACUUCGGAAUGGUCUCAUUAAGUGCUCGCCCUACCUAUGCUGCGUACCAGAAGGGCAAUCUCAGACAGCUUCCAGCCAACCACGCCAAGAACAUGCAGUGGAGCCUCAAUCUUCUCCAGGCUGCCAUCGAUCAGGAGGAUGUUCCUCUGUGCUCCACUACUCGAGGCAGGGAACUUCUUUCAGGCAGGACCUUCUUGAAGGAGAUACGUCCAGAACUUGCAGGCGUCGAAGGCACCACCAUUCACUACUUCGACGGUGUGACUCCUACCAAUCAAGACACAGCGCUUGUUCACAAGUUCAAGUCCGUCAAGUCGUCCAAUGUGAACGUGAAGAGAGAGUUGGAGGAAGACGCGAGAAACAAAGCAUCAGCAUUCAAAAAGAAGCUUGCCGGCCGCACCCUGCACAUCAACCUCUCAAGCACGUCCGAUGGCGAGAAUGCAGAUGCAGUCCCCGGCACAGAGCCCUUCGUCACCAACAUUGCUCCACCUGAAACCGUCCAUGCCACUGAAGUCCCCAGCGCAGAGCCCAUCAUCCCCAACAUUGCUCCCACUGACGACGGCCAAGAUAUGGAUGUCGAAUCUGAUGAUGCUGGCCUGACUCAGACCUUGGAGCAAGUCAUUGACGAGGAGAUGGGCGCAGAGGCUACGGACUAG